AUGCAGCUGGGGGACACGUACUCGAUGCUGGGACAGGUGGACCGGUCCAUUGAGUGCUAUGAGGAGGGCUUGAAGAUCCAGAUCGAGGCUUUGGGUGACACUGAUCCCAGAGUUGGUGAAACUUGCAGAUAUUUAGCUGAGGCCCAUGUCCAAGCAAUGCAGUUUGAAAGAGCAGAAGAAUUGUGCAAGAAAACUCUUGAAAUUCACCGUGCUCAUAGUGAACCAGCAUCUCUUGAAGAGGCAGCUGACCGCCGGCUGAUGGCUCUCAUAUGUGAGGCAAAGGGAGAUUAUGAAUCAGCACUUGAACAUCUUGUCCUUGCCAGCAUGGCAAUGAUUGCAAAUGGGCAAGAAAAUGAGGUUGCUGCUAUUGAUGUCAGCAUAGGCCGUCUUCUCUUAUCAGAAGGCACUCACUGUUUUAAAGUCAUCAAGGGCGACAACCACCCUUCUGUUGCCUCUGUCUUUGUUCGCCUUGCUGACCUAUAUCAUAGAACCGGAAAGAUCCGAGAGUCCAAAUCAUAUUGUGAGAAUUCCCUGAGGAUAUAUGUGAAGCCUGUGCCUGGAACAACGGCAGAAGAGAUUUCGGGUGGGUUGACUGAAAUUUCAGCCAUUUAUGAAUCCAUGGAUGAGCCUGAGGAGGCACUAAAGCUGUUGCAGAAGGCAAUGAAGUUGUUGGAGGAUAAACCAGGACAGCAAAGCACAAUUGCUGGAAUAGAAGCACGGAUGGGAGUGAUGUUUUGCAUGCUUGGGAGAUAUGAAGAAGCAAGGAGCUCUUUUGAGAGUGCUAUAGUGAAACUUAGAGCUAGUGGAGAGAAGAAGUCGCCUUUCUUUGGGGUUGUGCUGAACCAGAUGGGAUUGGCUUGUGUACAGUUGUUCAAGAUAGAUGAGGCUGCUGAGUUGUUUGAAGAAGCGAGGGGGAUAUUAGAACAAGAGUGUGGUCCUUGUCAUCAAGAUACUCUUGGAGUAUAUAGCAAUCUCGCUGCAACCUAUGAUGCUAUGGGGAGAGUUGAAGAUGCAAUUGAAAUUUUGGAGUAUGUCCUUAAACUGCGAGAAGAAAAGCUCGGAAUUGCAAAUCCUGAUUUUGAAGAUGAGAAGAGAAGACUAACUGAGCUUCUGAAAGAAGCAGGUAGGACCCGAGACAGAAAAGCGAAGUCACUGGAAAACCUUAUUGAUCCAAACUCGAAGAAGACGAAGAAAGAGGGCACAAAGAGGUGGGGUGGCUUGGGCUUCAGACUUUGA